AUGACGGAGAACAAAAGCGGCGAAGUGGUCCUAACAAUCCCCGGAGAAGAGAAAGAAGCGAAACAUGCGACCUUUGGAGCACCGAGAGAUGCAAAACCGAGAGGUGUUCCCGAAUCACCUCAUAGAAAGUCUGUUGAUUCAUAUCCUGAAAAUGCAUAUUUCAUGCCAAGCCCUAACAGGCCUCCUAAAAUCCCCAAUCCUGAAACCCUAACCAGGCGAAAAACCUUAGCAAGAUCGAUUUACUCCAAGCCCAAAUCAAGGUUCGGUGAACAACCUUUAAUUGAUCACAAUAUGUUCGAUGAAAUGCAUGAACCAGUAGGCCAGGCCUCAAACUCGCCCAUGAGGAUAUCAGCUCGAGCCUCCCCUAGAGUGGCAGGCAAUACUACUGCUUCUCCAGCUGCUACACCAAGAACUUUGUCCAUAACACCAAAGACUCCAUUAAUGGCAUCACCUGGAGGUGCAGGGGGAGAUGAGAGUGAUAAUGAGGAAGAGAUUUAUAAGAAGGUUAACAUACGAAAGCAGUUAAAGCUUAAAAGGGUGAAGCUGAAAGUACUAUUUCAAUGGGUAGUAUUGCUUUUUCUUGUGGGUUGUAUAGUUGCUAGCUUAAUGAUUCCCAAGUUGAAAAUUUACAAGAUAUGGAGCUUGGAGUUAUGGAAGUGGUUUGUGCUUAUAACAGUGAUCAUUUGUGGGCCUCCAGUUAUGGAAUCAUUACAAAACGUUGGGGCCUCCACUAGUAAAAGUCAAUUUAGUUUACAAGUAAAGAAGAACGGGAAAGAUAAAAAGACAAAAAAAGAGGUGAUAGAUGUAAGUAAGCUUCAUCAAAUGAAGAGAGAAAAAGUGUCAGCUUGGACUAUGAAGAUGUUGGUUGACACAAUAUCAAAUUCAGGGCUCUCAACUUUCUCUGGUGAACUUGAAGAAAGUGCUUAUUAUGGAGAAGGAAUUGGAUCUGCAGACAAAGAGAUUACUAGUGAGAUGGAAGCCAUUGCUGCUGCUUAUCAUAUCUUUAGAAAUGUUGCUCAGCCUGGUUUUACAUACAUUGAAGAUAUUGAUCUAAGGAGAUUCAUGAUCAAGGAAGAGGUAGAUAUUGUGUUUCCAAUGAUCGAUGUGGCUGAAAAAGGUCAAAUUGAUAGGAAGACUUUAACAGAAUGGGUGGUGAAGGUUUACAAUGGGAGAAAAGCUUUAGCACAUGCAUUAGAUGACACGAAAACAGCUGUUAAUGAAUUGAACAAGCUUGUUACAGCAGUCUUAGUUGUUAUAAUCAUAAUUAUUUGGCUCCUUUUAACAGAGAUUGCUACAACCAAAAUACUUGUCUUCCUCUCUUCACAGCUUGUUGUGGCUGCUUUUAUAUUUGGGAACACUUGCAAAACCGUUUUUGAAGCUAUUGUGUUUGUUUUCAUGAUGCAUCCAUUUGAUGUUGGAGAUCGUUGUGUCAUUGAUGGUGUUCAGAUGGUAGUUGAAGAGAUGAAUAUCUUAAACACAGUGUUCUUGAAAUUUGAUAAUGAGAAGAUAUAUUAUCCAAAUUCGGUUUUGGCUACAAAGCCCAUUAGCAAUUUCUAUAGAAGCCCAGAUAUGGGGGAUAAGGUGGAAUUUUCUAUCGAUUUUGCAACACCCUUUGAGAAGAUUGGGCUAUUAAAAGACAAGAUAAAAAAGUAUUUGGAGAAGAACCCUCAGUUAUGGUAUGCGAAUCACAAUUUUGUGGUGAAGGAGAUAGAAAAUGUGAACAUGAUAAAGUCUUCUUCCACAACCAGUUCAUCUGCAACAUCUGGAAACACCCACUCCAACUGGGCCCACCAAAUAAUCGCACGUCUUCAUAAAAGGGGCAUGAGGGCAAGCUAUAUGAGGAUAUGAGCAUCAAUGGUGAUAAAAUCAGUGUUUGAUUUUUGUAGUGAUUAAACAAAACCAUUAUGCUUUGGUUAAUCAGUAGGAUGGAUUACUUCACUUAUUAAGCACACACAU